UUCCUGAAUCCUAUUCUGAAGAACCCUAAUGAUAAUCAACAUUUAUUCAUUCCUAAAAAUAAAACAUAAAAAAAUUUCAAAAAAUUAAAAUCAAGAUGUCAGAAUACAUCCCUUUAGAAGUUCAAGAGAAAAUAUUGAAUCGGCUUCCUGUAAAGCCACUGGUUCAGUUUCGAUCAGUCUCAAAAAUAUGGAAGUCUUUAAUCGACAGCCCCGAGUUUAUCGCUGUUUACGGUGUCCGCGAAACUCACCCGAAUCGUUUGAUUUUAACGUAUAAAGAUGGCCAAACUCAAUCACGGUUUUUAAUCAUGUCAUUUGAUUUGACUGCCAAAGAAUUGAAAGAGAUAAACCUCACAGGUAGUUUAACGAACCCGCUUUGUAGAAUUCACACUAUAUCUAAGCUACGGGAGUCUCUGGUUUUGCUUGCAUAUCAUAGAGAGUUUGAGGCAGAUGUAUCGGUUUGUUGUCUAUGGAUGAUGAAAGUGGAAGGUGAUAGCAGAUCGUUUACAAAGCUACACACCAUUAACUGGCCAGAUGCCACAAUAAAGACAUUACUAGGAUUUAGGAAGACUGGUGAACUUAUAGUGGAAACACAAUACCAAAACGAAGAAAAUUCCCAACUUGAAAUUUACAACCCCAACUCGAAUGCUACUGAUAAUCUUGGGAUUGAUGGAGACGGUAAUUCUUCUUUUAUGUGCUCUUAUAUGGAAACACUGCUUUUGCUUGAUCAGUUAGAUGGUUUUAUAUAUUCAUCGGUGACUAUUCCUUCACCAUCAACAAACCCCCGUAAUUGAAUCUUAGCAACUGAUAAGCAAAACAACAUAAUGAUUAUAGCUUAUCUGCGCAUACCUUACACAGAAUUGGAAAAGUUGCAGCAUCUAUAAGACGACAAAAUGAUAAUGGAGUUGCUAAGCUCCUGACCAAGUGCUCUGUAGACAUUUUCUAGAAUGAAGCAUGAUUGUUUUAUAAAAAAAUUUACAUACAACUGUGUGAUAUCUGUGUAAGCUCUUUGGAAUCCAUUUCUUCUAAUUCAAUGUCGUUAUGCCGUUUUGAUU